GUGUGAUCAUUUCACGCUUCCCUCCAAGGCCUUUCCACCUAAAGUGUUUAGUCUCAGAUCACUGCGCCCUGUGCAGGCGUCGCAAUAGGGAGCGGAAGGGUCGAAUUAUUUCACCCCCUUUAUACAACUCACCAAAAAGUACUGUUGCGAGAGAGAGAGAGAAGAGAGAGAAAGCAACAAAAAAAAGUGUGUGAGGAGGAAGAGAGGAGGAAGAGUUUUUUUUGUUCUUUCUUUCUUUCCCCCCCCUCCCACCCUCACACCACCACCCUCCACCCAUAUCCAUCGCUUCCCCACCGCCCAACUCCAAGCCCCCGGGAGGCAGAAUGGAAGUAGAGGCCGAGGGUCAUGUGUUGAGGCCGGGAAGAGCAGGUAGGACAUGGAGGUGUGAAUCAGUUAGGGGAGUGUUCGUGAAUGGCAGGCCCCUCCCAGAUGUGGUGCGAACGCGAAUCGUAGAGCUGGCUCACCAAGGGGUCCGCCCCUGUGAUAUCUCCCGACAGCUCCGGGUCAGCCACGGAUGUGUCAGCAAAAUACUGGGGAGGUACUACGAGACAGGAAGUAUUCGUCCCGGUGUGAUUGGAGGAUCCAAACCAAAGGUUGCUACACCCAAAGUGGUGGAUAAGAUCGCCGACUACAAACGCCAAAACCCUACCAUGUUCGCCUGGGAGAUACGAGACAGACUAUUGGCUGAGAGAGUGUGUGACAACGAUAGUGUUCCCAGUGUCAGCUCGAUCAACAGGAUCAUCAGGACUAAAGUCCAGCAGCCUCCGGGUCAGUCAGGACCUCUCUCUGCUCACAACCUAGCGUCGUCAGUGGCGUCGACACAGGUUUCCGCGGUGACCAGUGACUCGGCUGGCUCCUCCUACUCCAUCAGCGGCAUUCUGGGAAUCAGCUCAGCUAACGACGGGAAGCGGAAGAGAGACGACGCCCUCCAGGAGUCUCCUCUAGCCAAUGGUCAUGGUCCAGGUGGGAGGGAUUUCCUGAGGAAGCAGAUGAGAGGGGAUCUCUUCUCGCCGCAGCAGAUAGAGACAUCAGAAUAUUCGGCCAUGGCUCUAGCCGGUGGAUUGGAGGAGAUGAAAAGCAAUCUGGCCAAUCCAGGGUCAGCGGGGGAGCUAGGAGCCAGUGUUCCGGGCCCACAGUCCUAUCCACUGCCAGCGUGUGUGUUUCCUGUGUGUCCAGGUCGAGACCUCUCCAGUACCACGCUCCCCGGCUAUCCACCACACGUCCCCCCAACAGGCCAGGGCAGCUACUCCACCUCCUCGCUGACUGGUAUGGUACCUGGUGAGUAAACACACUGACACGUGGGGACAACCUGGAGUCUAUUCUACUGUAAGGGUCUG